AUGCGUCACACAGCUCUAUCAUGCUGGCAGCUAUUCCUGGGUCUGGCUGUGCUGCUUGUCUUCACAAGCCCCACUGUGGGCUGCCCAGCCCGCUGUGAAUGCUCGGCACAGAACAAGUCUGUCAGCUGUCACCGAAGACGUCUGAUGUCCAUCCCAGAAGGCAUUCCCAUUGAGACCAAAAUCUUGGACCUCAGCAAGAACCGACUAAAAAGCGUUAACCCUGAGGAAUUCACAUCAUACCCAUUGCUGGAGGAGAUUGACCUCAGCGACAAUAUUGUCUCCAAUGUUGAGCCUGGAGCUUUUAACAAUCUCUUCAACUUGCGCUCCUUGAGGCUGAAAGGAAACCGUCUGAAGCUGGUCCCCCUUGGGGUGUUCACUGGGUUGUCAAACUUAACAAAGCUUGAUAUAAGUGAAAACAAGAUUGUCAUUUUGCUGGACUACAUGUUUCAAGAUCUGCAUAACCUAAAAUCCCUGGAGGUUGGAGACAAUGAUUUGGUGUAUAUAUCACACAGGGCCUUCAGUGGGCUGCUUAGUCUGGAGCAGCUCACCCUGGAGAGAUGCAACCUCACAGCCGUACCAACAGAAGCUCUUUCUCACCUCCACAACCUCAUCAGCCUCCAUUUGAAACAGCUCAACAUUAAUGCUUUGCCGGCGUACGCCUUUAAAAGACUGUUUCGCCUGAAGGACCUGCAGAUAGAGGCCUGGCCCCUCCUGGACAUGCUGCCUGCCAACAGUCUGUACGGUCUCAACCUGACUUCUCUAUCCAUUACAAACACCAACCUGUCUGCAGUACCUUACUCUGCUUUUAAACAUCUGGUUUACCUGACACAUCUCAACCUCUCCUACAACCCCAUCAGCACCAUCGAGGCAGGCAUGCUGUCAGAUUUAGUGCGCCUGCAGGAGCUCCACAUGGUGGGGGCACAGCUGCGCACCAUUGAACCACAUGCUUUCCAAGGGCUCCGUUUCUUACGCGUGCUUAACGUGUCCCAAAACCUGUUAGAAACCCUAGAAGAGAAUGUAUUCCAUUCUUCCAAAAGCCUUGAGGUCCUCUGCAUCAACAACAACCCUCUGGCCUGUGACUGUCGUCUUCUUUGGAUUUUGCAGCGGCAGCCCACCUUGCAGUUUGGUGGCGAGCCACCAAUGUGUGCUGGUCCAGACAGUGUCAGAGAGAGGUCAUUCAGAGACUUUCACAGCACAGCUCUCUCCUUUUAUUUCACCUGUAAGAAGCCCAAGAUACAAGACAAGAAGUUGCAGUACCUGGUAGUGGAGGAAGGACAGACCGUGCAGCUGAUGUGCAAUGCUGACGGGGACCCACAGCCUACCAUCUCCUGGGUUACCCCACGCCGGAGGCUGAUCACAACUAAAUCAAAUGGUAGAGCCACUGUGCUGGGAGAUGGCACCCUGGAGAUCCGAUUCGCCCAAGACCAGGACACUGGGAUCUAUGUCUGUAUUGCAAGUAAUGCAGCUGGGAAUGACACCUACUCGGCCUCCCUGACAGUGAAGGGGUUCACUUCAGACCGUUUCCUUUAUGCCAACAGGACCCCUAUGUAUAUGACAGACUCCAACGACACAAGUUCUAAUGGAACUAAUGCAAACAGCUACUCUCUGGACCUUAAGACAAUAUUGGUGUCCACCGCUAUGGGCUGUUUCACAUUCCUUGGAGUAGUUUUAUUUUGUUUCCUUCUUCUUUUUGUGUGGAGCCGAGGGAAAGGCAAACAUAAAACCAGCAUUGACCUUGAAUAUGUCCCUCGCAAAAACAAUGGUGCUGUGGUUGAAGGGGAGGUUUCUGGACCACGAAGGUUCAAUAUGAAAAUGAUUUGA